UUGGUAGUUCGCACACGCGAAAAUUGUUUGAAAUGUAUGAAAUAGUUUCAAAAUUAGGAGAAUUUCGUUCGUGCUGUGUAACUGUGUAUGUGAGCAUUCCAGAGUGUUCUAGAGUCUAGAGCGAGCUCUUGUGCGAGACAGUUAGAGACAAGAUUGUCAGAGACGGUAGACGGUAAUAAAACUUUGUGACUACGCUGUAAUUGCAAAGUCGUUGAUAGUAUCACUGGCAAUCAAUUUGAGGAAGGCAAUUUUUCAGAAAUAUUGACGGAUAUAAACUAAGACAAAAUGAGUAAAAGAGGUUUACCUUCAAAGCAACUACCACCAGAUUCAUCUUUGCAGCGGCAAGAAUCACUAGAUUUAUUUCCACAGCAGCAACAAUCAGAUUCAUCUCCACAACAGCAACCACUAAGAGAUUUACGUCUACAGCAGCAACAACUAAGAGAUUUACAUCUACAGCAGCAACCACCAACAGAUUUAUUUCUACAACAGCAACCAUCAGAUUUACCUUCAUCACAGUUUUGGCAAAAUGAUGCAAGGGGCCGACACUUGCGGCAAGAUGAAGCACGGGGCCUACAAUCGCGGCAAUCACUACAACAAAAUAUAAUACCAGGCUCAUAUAUUGUUAAUCAACAACAAGGCUUUCAUUAUCAAUUUCAACCACAUCAAACAUCAAAUUUUCAAGAGCAACUACAACCAGAUUCAUAUUCACAGCAGCAACCACUAAGAGAUUUACGUCUACAGCAGCAACCACCAACAGAUUCAUCUCUACAGCAGCAACCAUCAGAUUUAUCUUUCUUGCAAGAUGAAGCACGGGGCCUACCAUUAUGGCAAUUACAACAACAAAAUAUGAUACCAGGCUCAUACAUUGGUGAUCAACAACAAGAUUUUCAUUAUCAAUUGCAACCACAGCAAACAUCAAAUUUUCAAGAGCAACAAAAUUUAUAUAUGUCAUAUCCAUAUGCAAGAGGAUAUUAUCAAUAUCCUUCACAGAAUGUAGAACGGAACCAAGAAUGGCAGCCACACUACUCGCAUGGAGUAUUAAAUUUAGAUCAACAAUCGGUACAAGAAGCAAACUACCUAUGGAGAUCACCAAGGCCAAGAUUACAGCAAAGCACAUACAAUCAAUCACGACAUCAAAUAUCACAUAGCCUACCUCAACAACAGCAAGUACCACAAUACUCACUUCAACAACAUCAAGUAAUACAGGCUCAACAAUUACGACCACAAAUAUCACAGGAUCUAUUGCAUCAAGUACCAGCAAAUCCAUUCCUACAGCAAAGUACAUUGAGGCAACAAGUACCUCCAGUUUUAUUACAACAGCAACAGCAAUAUAGUUUCUCUCAACAGCAUGAAAUCAGAGAUCAACAACAAAGAAUGAGGGGCCAACAACAGCAAGGAAUUCAGACUCAAUCACACCAAUAUUUUGAAGCAGAAAUUGAUAAUGCCAACUAUGAUGAACAAACACAAGUUGUAGAACAAGAUAAUGAUAGAGCUAAAUCCAAUAUGGAACAACAGCAGCAGGCAACAAAAAAUAUUAUAUCUGCGCUAUCUCAACUUACAUUAAAGCAAACUUCUCAAGAAACAAAAAUUACACAAAAAAUAUCUUCCAUAAUGAAACAAUAUCAAGCCUGUAUACCGAAAAGGCAAGGUGUUAAAAAAGCUGAAGGAACACAUAUAAGUGUUUUGACAAAUAUGUUUAAAAUUAAGUUUAAUGGAAAUUUUACUAAUGCUGUUCAUUAUGAUGUAGAUAUUACAUCUACUGUUUCAAGCAAGUUUCCUAAAGCUUUAUAUAGAAAAGUUUUUGAAAAAUGUAGAAGUGAACAUUUUACUAACAGAUAUCCGGCAUUUGAUGGAAGAAAAAAUGCAUACAGUGCAAAAGAUCUUCCUUUUGGCAGUCAUUUGGAAACUGAUAUUAAAAUCCAGGAUUAUAAAAAACAAUGUAAUAAACAAUGUGAUAAACAAUGUGAUAAACAUGUGAAGAUAUUUAAAAUUAUCUUACAUAAAGUAGCUAAUAUCGACCUUAGCUGGAUGAAAAAUUUACAACCUGGUCUUGAUGAGGUUGACAGAGAUCAAACUGGUAUACAAGUUCUAGAUAUCAUCAUGCGUCAUGGACCCGAAUCACAAUAUGUAAAUAUUGGAAGAUCAUUGUUCUGGGAUCUUGGUAUAAAAGAAACACUAACUAAUUUAACUGGUGGUUUAAGUUCAGCACGCGGCGGAUUUUUAUCCGCCGUACUUGGCUGGCAAAUGUAUUUAAAUGUAGAUGUUGUUCAUAAAGGAUUCAUCACGCCUCAGAAGGUUGCCGACUUAAUAAAUGAACUUGAUUCAGAAAUGAAAAGGAAUACUGAGAAUAAAGAAAAUAAUAAUAAAGCUAUUGCUAAAUUUUUGAAGGGUUUAAAAGUGAUUUACGAAGUGCCCCAACAAUCUGAUAGUCGAUCUCGUUUGAAGCCCCGGACAUAUCACUUAAAUGGAUUAGGUCCAAAUGCUAAUGAACAUAAAUUUCCUUAUAAGGGAUCUGAUAUCACAAUAAGAAAAUAUUUUGAGAAUCGUUAUAAGUACAUCUUGCGUGAUCCCAAUUUACCUUGUCUUUCGGUAGGCGCACAAGGAAACGAAAUUUAUUUGCCUGCCGAAUUAUGUACUGUUAUGGCUGGUCAGUCUGUCAAAAAGUUGAACAAGAUACAAACUUCUAAAAUGAUUACAGUAGCAGCAGAGAGUGCACUUAAACGUCGCCAAAGGAUAAAAGAAGCGUUUAAUAAAAUCAAUGUAAAUAUUGAUCCUACUAUGAGGCAAGAGUUUCGAUUGUCUGUCAACACAGAAAUGGAAAAAGUGGAUGCUAGAAUCUUAAAAGCUCCGAUAUUAAAAUAUGCUGAUGCAGAAGUGCCUGUAAAUAACGGAAAAUGGUAUAUGAAAAAAUUUAUGCAACCUAUGAAAUUAAAAAAUGACGAAUGGACUAUUAUCAAUUUGGAUAAAUCUCACAAAUUUGUCGCACAUCAUAAUAUGUGUGUAUUUAUGGAAAAUUUAAUAAGGAUUGCGAAAUUUGUUGGUAUGGAGAUAGAAAGGCCCAAUACUAAAAAUUUCAAAAGUUUAGACCCGGAAAAAACAGAAGAAAUCAGAAACUAUUUUGAGAAUAAUAAGGCAUUAAAACUGAUAAUAGUAGUCAUAUCAAAUUCCCCAGACACAAUAUACAACAAGAUUAAACAGAUUACCGAGUUGGAACUAGGUGUCUUGACACAAUGUAUAAAAUAUCAGAAUAUCUGUGAAGAUAACAAGAGCACAACAACAAUAAGAAAUAUUCUAUUAAAAAUAAACACGAAAUUAAACGGCAUUAACCAUAUACUCUAUACGAGACCAAAAUGUUUUAAUAACGUUUGUAUGCUUGUGGGUGCUGAUGUAACUCAUCCAUCUCAUGAUGAGAAUACACCUUCUAUUGCAGCAGUUACUGCAAGUUGUGAUAUGUUCGGUUCCCAGUAUAAUGUUGUGCAUAAACUUCUACAACCCAGGGAAGAAAUAAUCUUAGAUCUUGAAGAAAUAAUAAAAUUUCAACUGGUAAUUUAUCGAGAAAAAACAUUGUGUCUACCAGAGAGAAUCAUCUAUUAUCGAGAUGGAGUUAGCGAAGGACAAUUCCCACAAGUCAUAUAUUACGAAAUACAAGCUAUUAAACGUGCGUGUAAGGCACAUAAGGCUGAUAUUCAAAUUACCUGUUUAGUUGUCCAGAAGAGACAUCACGUGCGUUUUUUCCCCAUAGACGAUCAGAUGUUAAAGAGCAACAGAAAGCCACAAAAUGUAGAAGCGGGCACGAUUGUCGACACUGACAUUACUCACCCAGAUCACAUCGAUUUUUAUCUCGUCUCACACGAGAGCAUUAAAGGUACUGCAAGGCCUACCAAAUACAGAUGUAUAUGGAAAGAAUCUAAUUACACUGAAGAUGACAUAGAAGAAUUGACAUAUUAUCUAUGUCAUAUGUACGCACGGUGUACAAAAACAGUUAGUUAUCCAGCGCCGACUUACUACGCCCAUUUGGCAGCAUAUCGUGCAAAAGUUUUAAUACAAGGACGUAAUUUAGUUAAUUUAGAGAUGAUACAGCAAGAAUUUAAUAAAAAAAUGAUAAAUUCACCAAUGUAUUUCGUAUAAAGAAUUUUAUAUAAGAUUGUUUUGUAUUUAAAGCUUGACAUAUCUAGUCAGUCCUACUUUUUUUCAACAUUAACUAUCUUGUCUAUGUAUUUCCAGCUUUUCUAUUUAAGAAUCCAAUACAACAAAAGAAGAAGAGGAAAUUGUGAUAUUAUGUAUAUAUAAUUUUAUUUUUCAUAAAAAAAUAAAAUUUAUAAGAAGUUAUAAGUAUAUAUAUUCUAUACUCUUUUUUUCUUUUUUUGUUGUUGUAUGUGGUUUUAUAUUUUUAGGAUAAUAUGCAGUAUUUUUAUGUAUAUUAUUAUGACAAUGUUUAGUUCACAUAUUUGUAUGCAUUGAUUGUAAACUUAUCAUGACAAAAUAUGAUUUUAACAUAUGCAAUUGCACGUGUAAAUAAAUAGAUCAAUUAAUAA